UUUAGUGGUAAUUACGAUGAUAGACUUGGAUUGGACGGGGAGGGGGAAGGACGGGACUAGAAACCACUAAAGCAAUGUAGGUACAAGGGGAUGUGAGAUUGCAGAAAAGGGACUAUUUGGCACACGAAUAUGGUGCGGGAAGGAACAGGGAUGAGUAAUGAGCACACUGUUGGACAGGGUCGCAUUCAUGGUGUGGAAAAUUGUGAGAACAGUCAGCUGUCACAGAGGGCAAAUAAGGGAGGAGGAGAAAAGUCGUCCACGGGAAGGCAAGCGUGUCGGUAGUCAGGCUUUAGAAAGUAGAGGAGUUCUCAGUGGGAGGGAAGUUAUUUUGAUUUCUCUCUAGUCCCUUGAACGCAGUAGCUGCUCUUAACUCACUAGUUGUUUGAGCAAGUCCAUGAAGAGAAGAUGAAAGGUUUCCGUGAAGUUUGGAAGGGAAAGGACCACAGCGGCUGGAAAAUGGCUGAGUAGGGAGACCUGAAGCUUGCUUCAAGGGGAGGAAAAUGUUCCUCCAGAAUUGGCUUUUCAUACACAGGCAGAGGAAGAACAUUCUGGGAGAAAUACCUUGUGAGGAAAAGAAAGGCUUAUGGAAUAGUGUGCUGAUGGCCUGACCUUCAUGGACCAGAAUGUGGAGGGGACCGCGCUGAGAUCGUAACCUGGAGUCCGCUGUUGGCGAAAGAAACUAAGGAGCAGGUCCUGGGGUAGAGGCAGCUAGCCCCGGCAGUCUGUUUCCACCCUUUGUGCUGGGUGUUAGCGUGCGUUUUCUGUUGCUGUGGUAAAACAGCGUGACCAACAGCGACUGGGGGAGGAAAGGGUUCCCUUGCCUUACCACCUCCAGUCUUCAUCAGGGACACUCAAGGCAGGAACCUGGAAGCAGAAACUGCAGCGGGAUCCUGCUGACUGACUUGCCCUCUCCCUGGCCUUCUCAGCUUGCUUUCUUAUACAAAUACGACCCAGAACACCUGUCCACGGUGGACUGGGCUUCCAUGGUAAUCAUUAAUUUGAAGGAUCAGGCCUUGUUCAGCCCUCAGCAGAGAAGUUUCUUGCAGUAGAUUGAUAUCAACAAGGAGACCUACAACUGGAUGGUGUGCAGAGAGGGAAAGCCUUGGAGCCCUUAGUCCUGAGUGGGAUGGCUUCACCAGACCCCUCCCUCAAGGUUCAGGGAUCUCUGCAGGAAAAGAGGUAGCGGAUGACUCCAGACAGUAUCUUCAAGACGCAGCAGCACUCGUGUGGGAUUUACAAAUGAACUCAGAGACUGGCUGCAUUCCUAAGUCCUGCACUGGGUCAAGCCACAGGGUCCCAGCAACGAGAGGGCAAGUGGAUGUGAGGCCACACCCCAAGCAAGAAGCUGGUGGCAACUGCAGACGGCCAACAAGGAGAAAAUCAUGUUUUCAAUGGAUUCUCAUUGGACGUAUUAGCUGCACUCGACGGGAGACCCCACGUCUAGGAGUCGUGGGUCAACAUAAGCAAACUCCAUUGGCUUUUUGUCUUUUCAUUUUGGCAUAUCUGUCUUACUGGUUUUUUGUUUGUUUUGCUUUCAUUUUUGUAGUGUUUUUUGUGAGAUAGCAAACAAACAAUUGGGUGGGGAAGGUCUGGGAAGGAGAUGGAGGAGGGGAAAACAUGAUCAAAACAUAGUGUAUGAAAGCUAAAGAAGAUCAAAUGUAAUCAAGAGAUCCAAAAGAGAAGAAAGCCCUGCAGCCUUGCCUGUAGGAGGCAUUUUCUCCUCUCGGCUGUGUCUACGUUUGUGUCAGGUUGACGAAAACUAACAACCAGCACGAAUGCAUUGAUUUCUGAGUGGGCAGAACCAAGAGUUGAUGAGAUUCAAACAGGACAUUGUAAGAGGAAGAAGCGCGUUGUCUGUGGCCAGAGGUAACAUCCUGGCCAAAUAUGGACAGCCCUCUGUGACAGAGACACAGUUGGGAGGAAAAAAGCCAAAGGACAAGAGCUGUUUGAUCAAAUUAUGUACCACCUGGACUUGAUUGAAAGUGACUAUUUUGGUCUGAGAUUCAUGGAUUCAGCUCAAGUAGCUCAUUGGUUGGACAGUACGAAAAGCAUUAAAAAGCAAGUAAAAAUUGGCUCUCCUUAUUGUCUUCAUCUUCGAGUUAAGUUCUAUUCCUCGGAACCAAACAAUCUUCGGGAGGAGCUGACCCGGUAUUUAUUUGUUCUGCAGUUAAAACAAGAUAUUCUCAGUGGGAAAUUAGAGUGUCCUUUUGAUACAGCCGUUCAGUUGGCAGCUUAUAAUCUGCAAGCUGAACUUGGCGACUAUGAUCUGGCUGAACACAGUCCUGAACUUGUCUCUGAGUUCAGGUUUGUGCCCAUUCAGACUGAAGAGAUGGAACUGGCUAUUUUUGAGAAAUGGAAGGAAUACAGAGGUCAGACACCAGCACAAGCUGAGACCAAUUAUCUGAAUAAAGCCAAAUGGCUAGAAAUGUAUGGAGUUGAUAUGCAUGUGGUCAAGGCUAGAGAUGGGAAUGACUAUAGCUUGGGACUAACUCCCACUGGAGUCCUUGUUUUUGAAGGAGAAACCAAAAUCGGCUUGUUUUUCUGGCCCAAGAUAACCAGAUUGGAUUUUAAGAAGAAUAAACUAACUCUAGUGGUUGUGGAAGAUGAUGAUCAGGGUAAAGAACAAGAGCAUACCUUUGUCUUUAGACUAGAACAUCCAAAGGCCUGCAAACACUUAUGGAAAUGCGCCGUGGAGCACCAUGCCUUCUUCCGUCUCCGAGGACCUGUCCAAAAGAGUGCUCAUCGGUCAGGAUUCAUUCGCCUAGGAUCGCGGUUUCGAUACAGUGGAAAAACAGAAUAUCAGACCACAAAAACUAACAAAGCAAGAAGAUCAACCUCCUUUGAAAGAAGGCCCAGUAAGCGAUACUCCCGGCGGACCCUCCAAAUGAAAGCAAGCACAACAAAACCUGAAGAUCUUGGUGUUCAUAAUGCUUCAACCCAGAAUAAUGACUCCCAACAGGCUUGGAGUAUGAGGUCUCCUGUGCCUGUGACUUCUUCCUCAUCUUCUGGUUCGGUGCUGGUGGAGAUAGAGAACCUUCCACCGAAUUCUGCAGUAAACCAACACGACAGAAAAUGCUUGCCCCUGAAUGUUGAUUUGCUAAAUAGCCCAGACUUACUAGAAACAACCACUGGUGAUGUAACAAGGACAUCAGAUACUUGGGAAACAUCCGCAGCACCAGAUGACAGUAAUGUGGCCACCAGGCCAAAUGAAUUGGAGGAGCCCAAAGUUGAAUGUGAGUUGUUAAAAGAUGACACAGAGAAGCUCAAACAGCUGGAAAUGGAGCAGAAUAUCUUGCCGUCUCCACGACUUCCCAUUGACAUUAAUGUCAACAGCCAGGAAGAAGUGGUAAAGUUGACCGAGAAAUGUCUUAAUAACGCCAUUGAGAGCCCAGGAUUGAACGCAGUGAGGGUUCCUCCUGACUUCAAGAGCAAUAUUUUGAAGGCUCAAGUAGAAGCAGUGCAUAAGGCUGCAAGAGAAGAUAGUUUAACUCAUAAAAAUGUCAGCGUUCAAGAUGCUGCCACAAACAGGACUGUAUUAGAUGAAAAUAAUGUGCCCCUCUGCAAAGACGCCCUCCCCCUGAUGCACGCCACAGGUGCAGACAGUGGAUCUGUACUAAAGGAUGCUGCAGAUGAAUUGGACGCCUUACUUCUUUCUCUAACUGAGAAUUUGAUGGACCACACAGUCACACCCCAGGUGUCUUCAUCAUCCAUGAUAACACCCCGGUGGAUUAUUCCACAGAGUGCUGCCGCCAUCUCCAACAGGCUCCCGGGGUGUGGAACAUCUGUGUCGGGGACAGAAGGGUGUGGCACUAAAGAUGGAUUCUCCCUCAUUUCCCCCCCAGCACCGUUCUUGGUGGAUGCUGUGACCAGCUCUGCUCCUCUGGCUGAAGAGUCAGCCUUGAAGCAGAAGUGCUUGCUGACUACUGAGCUCUGAGGCCGGCCGCGCUCCCACUGUAUCUGGAAGGCCCCGUGCUAUCCCAUUAGCCCUGGAUCCAGUGAGUGAGUCCUGUACUUGGGGAAAACCUUCUACCUGGAUUUGACUUCUACUCCAUGAAGAAAGUAGCUGCAUUCUCCGUCCAACUGGAAGUCUACCCCACAUAACUGAAGAUACCUCCUCUUCCAUAACUUUUUUGCAUUGCCAGUUCCCCAGUAACAAAAUUCACUAGUUCAGACUCCUGGCUCCACCUAGCGGUUGCAACUGUUAUAACAACUUAUGGCAAGGCUUGCUGUUGGGGGCAUGGUCAUUGCUGUGUCCUGUAAUGUCAGGGUGGAUCCACCUGACCCCGGUGCCUGCUGGAGAAGCGAAUGGCAUUUUCCUGCGAUUACCUGGAAGUCAGAAUUUAGGAGACAGAUGAAAACACUGUGAGGUAGAUCUCAGGCCAGCUCUCACAUAGUUACUAGGACUCUUCGGGAAGCCGAGAACAUAGAGGGAUGUAUGUCCUCCACACUUUGAGUCCUGAGCGGUAAUGAUCUUACUGCUCCGAAUUGACUUCAGAGAGAAAUGUUAGGAACUACAGAGAAAUCAUCUCCAAGUGUGUGCUCCCCAGAUCCCCUUUCCUGUAGAUAGCACCGGCAUCAUUCACCUGUCUGUAACUGCAGCGUGGGAGGGAGCAGGUGUCUGGUCACAGACCUGAGGCCCCAACUGGAGGCCUGUGCUCUCCUUCCUGAGCCGGUGGGGAAAGCAGCCUUACUAGGCUACCAGUUUGGAGGUCAUUUGAGCAGUGCUCCACGCGGGACCGUUUAGACACAGCCUCCAGUGCCUUUCCGGAUACACUGAGUUUGUUGACGGCGUUCAGGCUGAAAAGAAACCCCUGGGCAGAAGUGGGAAUGGCGGUGAGAGAGACUGGAGUCUGGACUGAAUCCCCCAGGAAGCUCUGCACGGUAGAGUGAGUGAAGUCAGCUUACAUUAGGCUUUUGUCUUCGUUUUUCAAGUUUUCUCGAAUUCCCCAUUCUUUGUAGGAAAAGAAGCCCUGAUGUUAAAGUAGUGCACACUCGUCUAGAGAAUUGUAGGCUGUGGCCCUGUAACCCCAGCACAGGAACGACACUGAAGGAGCGUUGACUGGGGGGCUGGAGGACCGGGACCUCAGUCGCCAUGGGAAGGGGAUGAUAUGCAGACGGUGGUAAAGCCCUUGGCGUUGCCUGGUUACCACGCACUGCUGUUAAGCUGUGUCUCCCGGAGUUGGUUCCGUGUUCUGCCUGUCAUGCGAUGUGUGGUGGAGCACUCGUUCUCCUCAGCUAGGAGGUGAGGUGAGGACCAGCAGGAACACUGCCUGCUCUGUAGUCCUUAGAAUGCUGUGGUAGGGACUGUUAUCUACUUAGGCACAUGCUAGUACCUGUCUGGGAAGCUUGGGGGUUCAGUCUUCCAGUUCCCAGGGGAGCGUCACAGAUUAGAAACCACUUUUGCCCUUCUUGCUGGCUGGCUCCCCUUAGCCAGUAGGCAGCUCUUGCAUUUCAUUGGCAGUAUUUUUACCAGUCUUCAGGGAUAAGCUAUUUCUCACAGUUGGACACCUAGAACCCAGGGCUUGAUCCAGUACCUACUGGACUAGGUAUCAGAUUUCCAGUGUCUGGAAGUCCUGGACAGCCUCCCCAGUUAGCUGUCCUGCAGCUAAGGCAUGGUGGCUUAGAAGUCCUAAAUGUCCCAUCCUGUUUAGGAUAGAGCACUGUUCCUUUCAGGUACCCCAUAACAUUUGUGGCUCCAGAUACCUGAAUUCCUGUAGUCAAUAUUGCUAGGAACUUUGUCAGGAUUCACUUGAAUCUGCACUAAAAGGAAAUCCUAUGUCCUGGUGUCAAGUAGUAAGUUUAGAACUGAUAUUUGAGUGAUGCAUUUGCCCCGACAGGCUAGACACUUGUCAGAUACGUGUCCUGUGCUGUGCAGGACAUGUGUCCUGCUCCUCUGAAAAUGGCGGCGGUCUAGCAGGACAGGCCUGCGGGCACCUGCAGAAGUGGUAGGGUGGGGCAGUGGGAAGCAGUGGGGAAUGCUGGCAGUGAGGCUGGAGUCGAAAACUGUGUUAGGAAGGGCAGCUGCCCUCUGCGUGCCCAGGGGAGCAUCUAGACAAAGUGGGCAUUGUGUCCCUGGCUGGGGUGGGGACUUGGCAUGGAAGUUUCCAGUAAGAUGUGAAGGUUGCAGUUAGCAGACCUAGACUCCACCUCAGCGCUGGGAAAGGAGUCUGUACAUGGAAAUGGUCUGGGCACAGACAGUCCUUUCCCACAGGCAGGACUCCUGGUCGUCUUUCCUCACCCUCAGGAGCCUGCGGCACAGAGCUACGAGCAGACUCCUUAGCUUCUUACAUUGCUCUGAGGAGAGCUGUAGUGAAAACAUUCCUUCCAAGUCCUGCUGGCUGUCGGUAGGCACUUGCUUUGCCCAGGCUCGGGUGCCCCGGGUGUGUCUGGGCAUGAGAUCCCUCCUGAGCUGUUUCUAGGAUCUACUGCUCCUUCUUCUUCCCAUUUCUGGCUAAAACAUGGACCUGUGUUCUCUGAACCGAGCCCAGGCAGUACUUGUCGGCUGGUCACUCAACAAAAGUUGGGAGUUUGUUUCUUUCUGUUGUUGUUGUUUUCUGAGACAGAGUUUCUGGUGUAGCCCCGGCUGUCCUGGAACU